AUGGGUUACGAGAAAGAGCUUUUUGUGGCCACUCAGGCGGUGUUAAAGGCGUCCUUUUUGACACUGAGAAUCCAGUCGAAGGUGAUUGCGCAUAGGGACACUUCAACGAUCACGAAGAGCGACAAAUCACCUGUGACUAUUGGCGAUUAUGCUGCGCAAAGUAUCAUAAUCAAUGCUAUAAAGGCUAAUUUCCCUGAGGACAAGAUCGUUGGCGAAGAGACAUCGGAAGGUCUGGAAGACGCCUUUGUUUCUGAGAUCCUGAACGAGAUACGGGAGAAUGAUCAGGUCUUCGAGAACGAGUACCCUGGCCAGCAGGCUAGCAGAGUUUUGGCCAACGAGAUUUUCCCUUUGAAGACCAUCCGGGACGUGAGAACCGUGAUCGACUUUGGAGACUACGAAGGCGGCGACAAAGGAAGAGUGUGGUGUCUCGAUCCGAUCGACGGCACCAAGGGCUUCUUGAGGGGCGAACAGUUUGCAGUGUGUCUUGCGCUGAUCGUCGAUGGCGCGACGCAGCUGGGGGUCAUUGGAUGCCCAAAUCUGUCGCUGGGCCAGUAUGGUGGUGAGGAUCUGCCCGGCUACGAGCGCUUUGGCUACGUGUUUCGUGCCGCCAGGGGCCAGGGCACUUCCUUCGCUCCUGCUGCGUCGCUCACGACCGCAGCAGAAGCCCACUGGACCAGGAUCCACGCAAGAAAGCUGGAUUCCACGAACGAGAUGGUCUCUCUCGAGGGCGCCGAGAGAUCGCACUCUUCGCACGAGGAGCAGUCUGUCAUCAAAAACCGACUAGGAAUCCGGAAGUCGCUACAUCUCGAUUCGCAGGUGAAAUACUGUAUGCUGGCCUUGGGUCUCGGAGACGUCUACCUGCGUCUGCCUGUCAGAAUGGACUACCAGGAGAAGAUCUGGGACCACGCCGCUGGGAACGUCAUAGUUGAGGAAGCAGGCGGCGUCCACUCCGAUUCGCUAGACAACGUCCCGUUGAAUUUCGGUCGCGGCAGAACACUGCACACAAAGGGCGUUAUAGCAUCGAGCGGUCCGCCGGAAUUGCACAGACUGAUCCUCUCGGCAUCUGGCGAGGUUCUGAGGUCCAGAGACCGCUGA